CGCGUGUGCCUGCGCGCUUCGCUCUGCGUGACUCACGAGAUCUUUGCUGUGCCUUUAAAAGCCGCCCGGCUCAUCCCUCCUUUUUGCCUUUAGGUGGCUGCUGCUGCUGCUGCUGUUGUCUCCAUUUAUUUAGUCUCUCUCUCUCUCCGGUCGCAACGGCGCCUGCGCUCCCUGGGAAAUAAAUAAAUAAGGCGGAGAGGCAGAGCUGAGCUCUCCUACGCCCUGAGCCUCGCAGGUCUUUUGUCUGAAGCUGGAAACAGCAGCGGCUGCUCCGCGGAUCCUCUCCUCCGCCAGCCAAGCCAGAAGGGAGCCUCUGCUUGGACCCCCCCCCACUUAAUUCUCCUCCUUCUCCUGCGAGAGACAACAAAAACGGGAUUCCCCCCUCCGCAAGAAUCCCAGAAGAAGAAGAAGGAAAGAAGGAAGGGCAUCCCCGGCGCGCAUCUGGGCAGCUGUUUGUAGAAACAAAAAACUGGUUGGAAGAGGAAGGGGGGGCAGAGAGGGGGGUGAAAAAACACAACAACAACUCUUAAGGUGGACUUGGUCUUAAGGUGGAUGGUGGUCUUUUUGCUGGGUCUUUCUUUUUAAGGUGGAUUUGACGUCAAGGUUGGAGAGGCUGGUGUUUUUUUGGUGUGGAUUUACGCGUCUUGCAUCAGCUUGCGUUUUUGAGCUCCAGAUGGCCGGAGAUGGGUCGGUCUUCGUAGCCGGGCGGCCCAACGGGACGAGCUCUUCCUAGUGCUGGGGCUCAUUCACAAGGUCUUGAAUUUGGAGACUUGAUACCUAUUCUAUCUGCACAUUAUAUACGUGUUUUAAAUAUUGGUUUUAAUUCUCUCCCCCCACCCCCCACUUUCCUGGCUGCAAUAAAAAUGGGGAAAGUUUGGUAGCCGGGACUCGAACUCCCUCCCCUCCCGUCCUUUCGUAACAAUGACUAAAUCCCGGCCUUUUUACAGAAAAAGACAGCCGAUGGCCGAAGAAGAGGUGGGAGUCCAAAGCCAGAAAUUUAAUUGCCGAGAGCUGGACAGGAGAGAAGUUUUGCUUUUUCAAGUUUCUAGUUCCUCUUGAUUGUCCUUGAAAGAGAGGGCUUCGGUGUCUUUCAAAACUUUAUUAUUAUUUUUAUUGUGUGUGCUUAGGGUCCCACCUUCGCUUUAACAAAGAGGGUUUGGGGGAGGCCUUCGACUCGCCUUCCCACCCCCACCCCCUUUUCAACUAUACAUAUAUUGUUGCUCUUGCUACCGAGCUCCUUCUCGCCAUUCACACUUGAGGCCCAAACGUGGAAAGGCAUGGAGACGGUUGGGAAAUUUGAGUUCAGCAGGAAGGAUUUGAUCGGGCAUGGAGCUUUCGCCGUCGUUUUCAAAGGGAGGCACAAAGAGAAACCUGAAGUGGAGGUAGCAAUAAAAUGCAUCAACAAGAAAAACUUGGCAAAAUCCCAGACUCUCUUGGGAAAGGAAAUCAAAAUACUCAAGGAACUGAAGCAUGAAAAUAUCGUUGCCUUGUAUGACUUCCAGGAAAUGGCCAACUCUGUUUACUUGGUUAUGGAGUACUGCAAUGGUGGAGACUUGGCAGAUUACUUGCACAGUAUGAGGACCCUCAGCGAAGAUACGAUCAGACUCUUUCUGCAGCAAAUUGCCGGCGCCAUGAAGGUGCUACACAGCAAAGGGAUAAUCCACCGGGAUCUGAAACCUCAAAACAUCCUCCUUUCUUUUGUGGGGGGCAAAAAAUCAAACCCCAAUAACAUUCGCAUUAAGAUUGCUGAUUUUGGAUUUGCACGAUACCUGCAGAGCAAUAUGAUGGCUGCGACUCUCUGUGGCUCCCCCAUGUACAUGGCCCCAGAAGUCAUUAUGUCCCAACACUACGACGCCAAAGCUGACCUGUGGAGUAUUGGCACCAUCAUUUACCAGUGUCUGACUGGAAAAGCCCCCUUCCAGGCAAGCAGCCCUCAAGAUCUUCGGCUCUUCUAUGAGAAAAACAAGAUGCUCAUGCCCAACAUUCCAAGGGAGACAUCAGCCCACUUGAGGCAGCUGCUGCUAGGACUCUUGCAACGGAACCACAAGGACCGCAUGGACUUUGAUGAAUUUUUCCAUCACCCUUUCUUGGAUGCAAGUGCCUCUAUGAAAAAAUCUGCUUCUGUGCCAAUGCCUUCUUAUCCGAGCUCUGGGUCUGGGAGUUCGUCCAGCAGCUCUUCCACGUCCCAUCUCGCAUCUCCUCCCUCCCUUGGAGAGAUGGCACAUCUCCCUGAGAAGGUUUUAGCCUCUCCUACCCAGCCCGGCUUCCUUCAUGGGUCGAAGGAGUCGGCUGGCGGCAGCAGCAAGAACUCCUCCUGUGACACCGACGACUUCGUCAUGGUGCCAGCCCAGUUUGCAAGUGAUAUCGCUGUGGAGACUGCAGGAGGAAAAGCUAUCCAGGACAGCCUGAUGUGUAGUGGGAGUUCCCUGGUGGCUUCAGCAGGCUUGGAAAGCCAAGGAAGAACCCCAUCUCCUUCCCCUCCUUACAGCAGCUCUCCGAGCCCAUCAGGCCGGCCUGGGCAGUUUUCAUCAGGCAGCAAGCAUGGGCAGUCGGUCCCCAUCCCAGUCCCCACACAGAUCCACAACUACCGGCGGAUUGAGCAGAACCUUCAGUCUCCUAAUCAAUACACUUCCCCACGAUCUGGAACAGUCAGAAGAUCAAGCAGCAGCAACAGCCCACUUGGUUUCAUGAAGGCCAGCCCUUCCCCUCCUUUUGCUGCUGGGGAGCAUGGAGCUGUCCCAACCUCCAGAAGGUUCUCCUUUGGGGGCGCUAAGCCUUACACGCCAUCCCCACAAGUUGGAACAAUUCCAGAGCAGCCUGACCAGACCGUUCUCCCUUCUCCUCCCUUUGGAACAGAGAUGAGAAGUCGGGUGCCCAUACCUGGUGCCUCAGUGCCUGACCCUUCCCCUCGAGGGAUGGGCUCCCGUCUCCACAGUGCUCCCAACCUGUCAGAUUUGCAUUCCUGCCGGCAGAAGAUUACAAAACAGUACUCUGAUCCUCUGGUUCCCCAUUUCAACCAGGCCGCUGCUGGCCAGCCAGCACAGACACACGGCCUGCAACCUUGCCGCCCACUAAGGUCCUCGCCAAAGUUCUCUGAGUUUAUGCAGAGGAGCCCCUUGCCAACCAUAAUGGGCUCUCCAACAAAGGUCAUGCCUCCUUUUGAGUUCAACAAAACCCCAAGCUCCCAAAACCUGCUUGCCCUCCUGGCGCACCAGGGCGUCAUGAUCCCGACAAGGAACAAGACUCUGCCAGACUUGAAGGACAUGGGUCAUUUCCACUGUCAGCAGGCAGGCCUAGGAUUGAGGCCUAUGGAAGAAGCCAAGGGCAGGUCGCUCAGCACCGGUCGCCUCACUGAUCUCCUCCUCAAAGCUGCUUUUGGGGAAGCUGGAAGCAAUGACAGUCUGAACAAUGAGAAGCCCAUGGAAAUCACAACUCCUUCUGCUGUCUGUGGAGGAAACUUACACUCUGGGGCCAGGGAUGGCGGCUCUGCAAGCCCUUCCCCAGUGGUCUUUACUGUUGGUUCCCCUCCCAGUGGGACAACCCCACCGCAGACCACCAGGACCAGAAUGUUUUCAGUGGGAUCUUCCAGCUCUCACAGUUCGGGAGGGUCUUUCAGCGGGCGGCACUUCAUCAUGAGCGCUGGCGGGGAUGUGCUUGAAGCCCCAUCAGGCGUCAGAUAUACUUUUGCUGACCCCAUCACUGCCAACCUGGAGGGAGCAGUCACCUUUGAGGCACCUGAGCUACCGGAGGAGACACUCAUGGAACAAGAGCACACGGACAUCCUUCGCAGCCUGCGGUUCACCCUGGCCUUUGUCCACUACGUGAUGGAGAUAGCGGCCGUCAAAGGGAACACCAGCGAGAUGAGCAGCUCGGUGGCCUCCGAGUACCAGCUCCAGGAAAGCGUCGUGGCUGACCAGAUCAGCCUGCUCAGCAAAGAAUGGAGCUAUGCAGAACAGUUGGUGCUGUACUUGAAAGUAGCAGAGUUGCUGUCCGCAGGCCUGCAGAUGGCCAUAGACCAGAUCCGGGCAGGCAAGUUGUGCCUCUCCUCCACCGUCAAACAAAUUGUGAGGAAGCUCAACGAUCUGUAUAAAUCCAGUGUUUCCUCCUGCCAUUGCCUGAACAUGAGGUUGCAGAGGUGGUUAUUGGACAAGCAGAAGCUCAUGGAUCGCAUCAACAGCAUCACGGCCGAGAAGCUCAUCUUCAGCCACGCCGUGCAGAUGGUUCAGGCAGCAGCGCUGGAUGAGAUGUUUCAUCACAGAGAAGAUUGUGCACAGCGAUACCACAAGGCACUGCUGCUCAUGGAGGGGCUCCUGAACAUCAUCACCGAGCAAGGCGACAUUGAGAACAUUAAUAAAUGUAAAAUGUGUAUUGAACGCCGGCUGUCGGCUCUACUAUCCGGCAUCUGUGCAUGAGGAAAAUAGCCCUUAACUCUGCAGGUGAUCAUUUUCCGUCUCUAAGCACCUGCGACCAAGAUGGCAAAGCACUGUAUGAGCAAGCCCGUCGGCAACGAAUUUAUCGGACGUCCAUGGCGGUUUCCCUGUUUUGGCGUCCUUCAAGGAGAACUUCCCCUGGGUCGGACAUGGAAUUGCUACAAUCUUUGUGUGUGUGUGUGUGGCCACAAUACAAACCGGGAAAAGAUGGUGGUUGGUACAGAAGGCUUGUUCCCCUUGCCCCAACUCACCAUCUGGUGGGAAACAGCUGGGUAAAAAAGGAGGAGGAAAGAGCCCUCCUUUCACGCCUGUUUUCAGAGAGCAGGGUUGCUGCUGAGUUGGCCUUGCCUGGAGCACUGAGGUCCACUGCUGGCGGUGAAUGAUCCAGACUUUUCUGCUCUUGGAAUGAAAGAGAUUUAUCCAGAAGGGGGAAUGUCCCUGUUGGCCAGUUCUGCAAUCCAAGCCCUCGUCUGCUGAUAGCCAAUCACUUGGGAGCACUGUUCCUACUACGCCUCUCAUUGUUCGCCGUACGGGAAGAGCAACAGCGGUUAUGUGGCCGGCGUGGAAGCCAGAAGCUCGCCUUGCUCAGAAAAAUUGUGGCUUCUUACGUUAUUUUCCCCCCGCUGCAAUGCUGGAAAUCUUGAGUUCAGAGUCCCUCACCUACAUGACAGACAGAAGCAGGGUGGGUUGGGGUGGGAAGCCGUUCCUCAUUUCCUACGUGGACAUGGGCAGAGCUAAAGAGAGCUUGUCUAUCCAGACUGGAGCAUUGGGACUUGGACUCCAAACUCUCUUGCUUUGGUCUCAAGCAGCCAAAAUGUUUUUUCUUCGCCCAAAAGGGAGUCGUUCAAUAGAUGCAUGCUUGCAGCCCUCUCCUCCCAUGGCCUGCGUCUAAGCAUGAGAAAGCAUCUGUGCUGCUCUUGGCUGUUGCCCAGAUAAGCAAUCCCUCCUCCCAGAAGGGUGGGAAGCAAUAUAAGAAAAACACACAUAACACGCAUACUAGCUUUGUGAAUCAAAGGAGCACUUUACGGACAACAUGAACCUGAGCUUUGGAUACUUGGCAGCCCCGCAGUGAUCCAAAAACGUCGCAACUUCUAGGAAUGCUGUUCCCCUGCCUUUCGCCUGCCCUCCCAUUGCCUCACGCGUUGUUGGUUGUUUGUCUGUUGGGUGGUUGUUGUGGUUGUUUUAAAAGAAAUUGCACUACAAGUGUGUAUGUGUUUUUGUGCGCGUGUGUAUACAUAUUCAUAUAUAUUACCACGCUGAUAUAUAUUAAUAUGUAUAUGGUAUAUAAUAUAUAAUGUCACUCUAUGUGUUAACUGUACUGUAUUUUAUGCUUGUGAGGAGAAAAAGAAAAUUAACAAUCAA